AUGGCUGCGGGUUCCAGGCUCCUCUGGUUGCUGGGCCUGGCUCUGUGUGUGCUGGGCGGCGGCCACCUCCCGCGUCCCCCGCACGUCUUUCCCCAGCGUCGACUGGGAGUACGCGAGCCCCGCGACAUGCAGCGUGAGAUCCGGGAGGUGCUGGGGCUGCCGGGGCGGCCCCGAUCCCGAGCACCUCUCGCGGCUGCCCAGCAGCCAGCGUCUGCACCCCUCUUUAUGUUGGACCUGUACCAUGCCAUGACGGAUGACAGCGGCGGCAGGGCCCCGCAGCCUCACCUGGACAGCGCUGACCUGAUUAUGAGCUUUGUCAACAUAGUGGAGCGUGAUCGUUCCCUGGGCUACCAGGAGCCACACUGGAAGGAAUUCCACUUUGACCUAACCCAGAUCCCUGCUGGGGAGGCUGUCACAGCUGCUGAGUUCCGGAUAUACAAAGAGCCCAGCACCCAUCCACUCAACACAACCCUGCACAUCAGCAUGUUCGAGGUGGUCCAGGAGCUCUCCAACAGGGAGUCUGACUUGUUCUUUUUGGAUCUUCAGACGCUCCGGUCUGGGGACGAGGGCUGGCUGGUGCUGGACAUCACAGCAGCCAGUGACCGAUGGCUGCUGAACCAUAAUAAGGACCUGGGACUCCGCCUCUAUGUGGAAACCGAGGAUGGGCACAGCAUGGAUCCUGGCCUGGCUGGCCUGCUUGGACAACAAGCGCCACGCUCCAGACAGCCUUUCAUGGUUGGUUUCUUCAGGGCCAGCCGAAGUCCUGUGCGGGCCCCUCGAACAGCAAGACUACUGAAGAAGAAGCAGCUAAAUCAAAUCAACCAGCUGCCACACUCCAACAAACACCCAGGAAUCUUUGAUGACAGCCACGGUUCCCGUAGCAGAGAGGUUUGCCGCAGGCAUGAGCUCUAUGUCAGCUUCCGUGACCUCGGCUGGCUGGACUCUGUCAUUGCCCCCCAGGGCUACUCAGCCUAUUACUGUGGCGGGGAGUGCAUCUACCCACUAAACUACUGCUUGAACACCACCAACCAUGCCACUAUGCAGGCCCUGGUACAUCUGAUGAAGCCAGAUAUCGUCCCCAAGGUGUGCUGUGUGCCCACUGAGCUGAGUGCCAUUUCUAUGCUCUACUAUGAUAAGAACAGUAAUGUCAUCCUGCGUAGGAAGCGCAACAUGGUAGUCCAGGCCUGUGGUUGCCACUGA